UAUACGUGUAAGAUAAACACAAAGUAACAUUUCAAUUACUAUGACUGUAACUGUGACGAAAAACAAAUUAAAAAACUCAUUUAUUGAACAGCAUUCCCAAUGAAUAGUCUUGUAUGAAAUUAGUAACGUUCACACCAUAAUGGCCUUAGUGAAAGUACAUUUUGUAGCGUAUUAUUGCUUAUUGUUUGGCUUUGCUGUAGUAAAUGGAGUCCCAGACAUAACUUUAGACUAUUAUUUCGGUGAUGCACUGAAAAUGUUGCGUCCGCAAGAAUCGUGUGGGAAUAUUGUUAACCAGUACUUAUGCUAUGUCCAGUGCGGUGGGCAUAAUGCGUGUGCUUUUGGAAAAUGCUUCUGUGUUAGUCCACUGUUGGGAAACUAUCACGGUGAAAAUUACCACAGAUACGAAAUCGACAAGGAUGCUAACUCCGAUUUCGAUGAGUACACGGAAACGACCACUAAGGCCGAACUCUUCAAUGAAUUAAAGAGAAUGGAUAGCGCCCAGUAUGCACCGCGGUCGACUUUACGACACCAUAUAGCGCACUUCUGUCCGAACUUGGAUUAUGCAAGGGCAUGUAUUAGAACUUGUAUGAAAGCCGGAAAACCGGCGUUUUGCGGCAAAGACCACGUGUGCUACUGUGGACACAAAAGUGGCAAACCGAGAGAUGCAACGAAAGUAGAUGUCAGUGAUACAUACAAAGAAUUUCGUGAUAUGUACGAAAAAUAUUUUGGAACUAAAAAAGGUAAUGCUAAUGAUUAAACAUUAAAUGAUGUUACCUCUU